CCCGACUUGGCCAAAGAAGGAUGUGUCACCAGCUUGGGGCCGCGGGCGGGGUCCCUGGCCCCGCUAGGCUAGGCUCGGAAGUACCUGAAACAAAGGAACAUCGCGGCCCGUUUUGCCAGAAGGUGAAAUCCCAGCGAGGGCAGUGACUUGACCGAGUUUGCUGAGCGAGCUGGUCAGUGCAAAACAGAAGCAAGGACCGAGCAGGGCUCCUGACUGUCCGCCUGGUGCUUCUCCCGUCAGUCAGAUAUAUCUCCACCGGAGUCAAAAUAAAAGUUUUCCUGACACUCCCUGGAUGGAGCAGGUGCGGGGUGCCAGGAGUCCAGGGAAGGAGGUUUUUCUAUCAGUCACAGAAAAAUGGAUCACUUAAACCUUUGGAAGAACUCUGCUAUCACAAUACUGCUAUAAUCUGAACUAAGAUUUAUGGAUGCGAAUUCAUGACAAUAAAUUUCUGCAUUAUAGAAUUGCUGAAGACCUAAGUGAUGAUAUUCUUCCACAAAAAUAAUACUGAAAUGCCAUGACAUUACUAAAUAAAACUAAAAAUCAUAAUUGAUAUUUUACUGUAAAUUAUUAGACUUGCUAAUACACAUGUGCAACCACUACUGUGUUUUGACAAAACCUCAUAUUUGAAUGGUUUUCCUUGUGGGAGAAGCAUUAUAUUUGCAAGAAUCCACUGAAUACUGCCAUCAUAUAUUUUUAAGUGGCAAUUUGGAAAAUUUACUUGAAACUGGAGUUUUAGAAAAUUCCACCACUAAGUGGAUUUGAUAUUAUGGCAGCAACUUACAGACUUGUGGUUAGUACUGUGAACCACUACAGCAGUGUGGUGAUAGACCGGCGUUUUGAGCAGGCUAUACAUUAUUGCACUGGAACCUGCCACACCUUCACGCAUGGAGUUGACUGCAUUGUAGUACAUCAUAGUGUUUGCGCAGACCUCUUGCACAUCCCUGUGUCUCAGUUCAAAGACGGCAGCCCAGGCUCUGUGUUUCUACCCCAGGAAAACGGCCUUUCCUCAGCUGAAAGUGACUAUGCUCAUCAUGCCCUCCCAGGUGUGCCCCGAAUCAGGAAAGGGUCUGCAACCCAGAGCACCUGUAACUUAAAGGACAUCGCAGGAGAAGCAAUCAAUUUUGCCAGUGGAAAAAUAAAAGAAUUUUCCCUUGAAAAACUCAAAAACUCUAACCAUGCAGCUUAUAAAAAGGGAAGGAAAGUUAAGUCGGAUGCAUUUAAUAGGCGGUCGGUUGAUUUUGACUUGCUCUGUGGUCAUUAUAACAAUGAUGGAAAUGCCCCAUCCUUUGGUUUACUCCGGAGUUCCUCAAUGGAGGAAAAAUCGUUGUCUCAUAGAAACUCACUUGAUCUGACCCUGACUUCCAUGUUUCUCCAAAAUUUCUCUGAGGAAGACCUGGUUACUCAGAUUUUAGAAAAACACAAACUAGAUAACUUUUCUUCUGGUACCGACAUAAAAAUGUGUUUAGAUAUUUUGCUGAAAUGUUCUGAGGAUUUAAAAAAAUGCACAGACAUCAUAAAACAAUGCAUAAAGAAAAAGUCAGGGGGUAGCAUCAAUGAAGGAAACGGUCACGAUGCAAUAUCUAGCUCUGAAACUGUCUAUAUGAAUGUAAUGACCAGAUUAUCAUCCUAUCUGAAGAAGUUACCUUUUGAAUUUGUGCACUCUGGACAUAAUGAAGCCCUAGAUUUAACAGAAUUGGUCAGUAAUAUGCCUAGUUUACAGUUGACUCCAUUCUCCCCAAUAUUUGGCACUGAGCAGCCACCUAAAUAUGAAGAUGUUGUCCAGCUCUCCGCCCCUGAGUCUGGACGGUUUCAGACUAUUGAACUGCAAAAUGAUAAUCACAAUUCGAGGAAAAUGGACAAUACAAAUGUUAUUCCAAACAACUCCACAAGUUCAGUAUAUAACUUAGAGGUAAAUGAUCCCAGAACUCUAAAAGCUGUCCAACUUCAAUCACAGCCAUCAGCCAUGAACCCUUUGGAAAAUGUUUCUUCUGGUGAGUUAAUGGAGACUCUUUACAUUGAAGAAGAAUCAGAUGGAAAGAAAGCAUUAGCCAAAGAACAAAAGACAAAAGAUAGACCCAAUCAUGAAUUAGUAAAGGGAAAUCAAGACAAAGCAGAAUUUUCAGACCAUGAUACUCAUAUUAAAAAAUGUGCUGCCUCAGUGCAAAAUGAAAUUGGUAAGAUAUUUGAGAAACCAGUUGUUAAUCUAUCUGAAGAAGACUUUAAACCAAAAGUUCCUAAAGUUGAAGAAAGAGACCGCGGAGAUUUUAUGAAUCCUAACAGUCAGGAAGAGAUAGAUAAACUGUUAAUGGAUUUAGAGUCUUUUUCACAGAGAAUGGAGACCUCUCUAAGGGAGCCACUUUCCAAUGGCAAAAACUCUAAUUCUGUAAAAUGUCAUGGUCACUUGACUGCACAGGUACCUGUAGAUCAGGAGCCUAACUCUAAAGUCACUUCACCUGUAGAUCUUGAGCCCAAAUCUAAAGUUUCUUCACCGUCAGAAAAAGUCUCACCUUCCUGUUUAACAAGGAUCAUUGAAACCAAUGGGCACAAAAUAGAAGAAGAGGAUCGAGCUCUCUUACUUCGAAUUCUAGGAAGCAUUGAAGACUUUGCUCAAGAAUUAGUUGACUGCAAAUCAGGCAGAGGGAGCCUAUCACAGGAAAAGGAAAUGAUGCAGAUUCUACAGGAAACCUUAACAACUUCUUCCCAGGUCAAUUCAUCAGUCUGUAGAAGUCCCAUUGGUGAUAAAGCCAAAGAUACAACUUCAAUGGUUUUGAUUCAACAAACUCCAGAGGUGAUCAAGAUUCAAAGUAAACCUGAAAAGAAACCUGGAACAUCACUCCCCCCUCCAGCCACCUUUCCAAGCAGUCCCCAGCCUCUCCCCACUGUUCCUCAUGUGAACAAUGUUGUGAACGCACCAUUGUCCAUAGACAUUCCACGGUUCUACUUUCCUGAAGGUCUUCCAGAUUCCUGCAGUAAUCAUGAACAAACUCUAACCAGAAUUGAAACGGCUUUCAUGGAUAUUGAAGAUCAGAAAGCAGACAUACAUGAAAUGGGGAAGAUUGCAAAGGUCUGUGGCUGUCCUCUCUAUUGGAAAGCCCCCAUGUUCAGGGCUGCAGGGGGAGAGAGGACAGGAUUUGUGUCAGCACAGUCAUUCCUUGAAAUGUGGAGAAAGCUGCUGGAUAACCAUCAUGAUGAUGCUUCUAAGUUCAUCUUUCUUCUAGCCAAACCCAACUACAGCUCUCUAGAACAAGAGGAUUUCAUCCCUUUACUUCAGGAUGUGGUGGAUACACACCCUGGUCUAACAUUCUUGAAAGAUGCUCCAGAAUUCCACUCCCGCUACAUCACCACGGUUAUUCAAAGAAUAUUCUACACAGUCAACAGAUCAUGGAGUGGAAAAAUCACUUCAACAGAGAUAAGAAAGAGCAACUUUUUGCAAACUCUAGCCCUUUUGGAAGAAGAAGAAGAUAUAAACCAAAUCACAGAUUACUUCUCCUAUGAACAUUUCUAUGUUAUUUAUUGUAAAUUCUGGGAACUAGAUAGUGACCAUGACCUCUACAUCAGCCAGAGUGAUCUAUCUCGAUACAAUGAUCAGGCCUCAUCAAACAGGAUUAUUGAAAGGAUAUUCUCUGGAGCAGUAACAAGGGGAAAAACAGUACAGGAAGAAGGAAGAAUGAGCUAUGCAGAUUUUGUUUGGUUUUUAAUCUCUGAGGAAGAUAAAAGAAACCCCACCAGUAUCGAGUAUUGGUUCCGCUGCAUGGAUGUGGAUGGCGAUGGCGUCCUGUCCAUGUAUGAGCUGGAGUACUUCUACGAGGAGCAGUGUGAGCGGAUGGAAGCCAUGGGUAUCGAGCCUCUGCCAUUCCAUGAUUUGCUUUGCCAAAUGCUUGACCUGGUGAAGCCAGCCAGUGAUGGCAAAAUUACGCUCCGGGAUCUGAAGAGGUGCAGAAUGGCUCAUACCUUUUAUGACACUUUCUUUAAUCUGGAGAAAUACUUAGACCAUGAACAGAGAGAUCCAUUUGCAGUCCAAAAGGAUGUUGAGAAUGACGGGCCUGAGCCCUCGGACUGGGACCGGUUUGCGGCGGAGGAGUACGAGACACUUGUUGCGCAGGAAUCUGCCCAGUCUCAGUUCCAGGAAGGCUCCUUUGAAGAUUAUGACACGGAUGAACCUGUUCCUCCCUCUGAAUUUGGAAACAAAGGCAGUAAAAUCGUAACCUCAAGCCUUUCAGAGAAAUGUGGAAAGCUUCAGUCAGUGGAUGAAGAGUAGUACACGAAAGGGAGACAUUUUAAAUGGUUUUUCUUGUGAAGAAAUGCUCGUUUGUAUACUGCUUUUUAAGGACUUUGAUUUCUGCAAGUGUGUAUCUGCAGUAGGAACCUUAAAAGUGUUUUAAAGCAGCAAGUCUGGACACACACCCAACUUGGGAGACUCUUUGAAUUUGUUUCCAAGCUCUUGCAAAACUUUUCCUUGGAAGCACAUAUAAUCAUGCCUAUCACGGUAAAAAAAAAAAAGUCUGAAAGUCAACACUCCGCACCCCGGAACAUACCAGGGAUCCCUUGGGGAUGGUGCCAGGCAGAGCUGACUACAGAAGCAGGAGCUGCCUCAGCGCUGGCCAGCACACCUGAGCACCUUGGGGAAACCUGGACUUGCAGAAAUUUGAGUCAAAGUUUGUGAAACUUGAAAAAGCAGAAGGGCCUCCAGAAUUGACUUGGUCCUGGUAAUAAACGCACUGCCGAACAUCUCAGAGACCUCUUUCAAGUAUGUGUACUACAGUUCAGAGAUCUUGAACUUCACCAGCUUAAUUUUGCUGUGACCCGUCAAGCUGAGUCACUUUACAUCCUCAGGUAUUGUAACCACUGGGCCUUCCAACCUUGCUGACAAGCUCGGAAUAACUCCUCCUCAAUCAUGACUGUGGAUCUUGUGUAAAAUCUCAAGAAAAAAAAAUUAAAAUAUUUGCCUCACACUGAGGGUGGAGGAGGUCCUUUUAACUUGUCUGACAUUUGUAAAGGACUGUGGAAUUAAUCUCCAACUUAGCUGAUUCCCCAUCUAUUACUAUCAGAAUGCUUAAAGACAAAAGUGAUGAUAUAUAGAACUUCUUAGUAAACAUAUUAUACUCCUUUCUUUACUAAAUAAUGCAGAGUAGGCUGAUAAUAAAGACCCCAGAGUAAGCACUGUUCUUUCCACCUCCUAAGUGGAAGAAAACCCUAUCAUGUUUAGUAAUAGGCGUAUUCAUUACAAAAUUCUACAGUUAAAGAACUUUGCAGUCAAACCCUACAGUAUCUUUGAAACAAAAAUUAAAAUGUUGAUAGUAUGCGUGAGCUUCCAAAAAACUACAAAAUAAAAAAUGGUUUAACUUUUCCACAAACUAAUUCUCAUAUAAAUGUCAAAACAACUUUUAAGUUUUUAUAAAACGUUUUUCAUUUGAACCUUAAGUCAUGAAAGUGUCUGAGUAGCUUCCCUGAAGGACCAACUGGGUCCCCGGCUGGUUGGAAGGCCGAGCAAAUCAAAGCAUGGGGUCUGGGAACAACCCAAAAGUUAGAAAAUCCACGAUGAGCUAGAACCGAGGUCAGCAAACUGCAGUUUAAGAGCCACAUGCAGCUCUUUCAGUUACGUACGUGUGGUUCUGAAGUGAAAUGAAAUAUUUUUUAAGGAUAUUAUUCAGAUAACGGUGAUUUCAUCUCUGUAAAAAUUAUUUAUGGCUCUCAAAUUUUUAAUUUUUAAAUGUGAGGGACAGACAGGAUUAGCUCUUGUCUAAAAAAUUUGCUGACCUCUGGGCUAGAUCAGUUAACUAAUUUCUCAAACAAGAUCUUCCUAGAUUAUUUUACUUUCCUGAUUAGAACUAAAACUGUUUAACACUGUUACAGUGAACACUAUUAAAAGUAUCUAUUUAAGAACAAUAUAGAAAAAAAUCCCAAAAUUAAAAAUAUCUAUUUAAUCAUAUAUAUGGAACUAAACAUUUUCAAAUGACUACAUUUUAAAAAUACAUGCAAUAACCUAAAACUACUGGUAAAUAAUGAUUAGGAUCACAUAUAACACAUGGAUUUUUUUUUUCCAGGGAAGGAAAAGAAAUAUUUGUUUUUCCUUUGGAUAAAAAUGUUAAAUAUGUCUUAAAGGCUUUAUUACCCAUCGUGUAGACUGUUUCUAAGUGAAAAUUCAAUAAAAUUACAUCUUUCGAUACAUUUCUCAAAACUAUUUAGUGUCCCCUUUGACCUUAUUCUUCCUCACUAAAGUCAUCGUACUUCCAUUUUGAUGCUUGUUGUAAAAACCGAUCUGUCGUUGUAAAAGUAGAGCUGCCAAUACCAUUCCACUCAAAAUAAGACUACUUUCAAAUUAAUUUAGGGUACUCAAAGUUCUUUUUCAGGUAUGUUGUUUUUCAUGUACUUCAAGCUGAAUGCAAAAACAAUGUGAACUGAACUACAGUACUAUAUUGUCUGACUCUGAUCAAUAUAAUCAUUACUGCCAAACUGGAGAUUCCAAUCUGUUAAAUUUUUGUCUGUUGACAGAGGAUACAUGGAAGAUUAUCAUCUUAAUACUCUUCAGUGAAAUAUGAGUUUCAUAGCGUAAUAUUAUUGCCAAGGUAAUCAAUUAAGAUGAAAAUGUGCAUUUUCUGUGCAUCUUAUUUUCUAUCACCAUGUACUGUUUAUAAAACCCAAUAAAAUGUCUUUUGCUCAGUGUUUUAAAAUGUUAAGGUGUUUGAAUUGAAAAGACUGCAUGACUUUUGUUUUACCCUUUCUGCAGAACUAAAUAAAGCAAAUUAAGUACAAAUCA